AUCCUACCCCGCGUGACUACCUAUCAGACUAUUGUACCUCAUGCUUCUGUAGUCUAGUUCAGUUGGCGACGUUAAAAACAUCGUGAAAUUCCAUUAGUUGAGCCGAACCAAGUUACCAAGACAAGAGAGGAUAACUCAAAAAUUGAAAUCAGAAAUCAUGUCUCAACGCGGAGUCAUUCGGGAUAUCGUCAUCACACCGGUGGCAUUCCAUGACAUGCCACUGCUCAAUAGUGUUGGUGUACAUGAGCCAUUUGCACUGCGCAGCAUCAUCGAAGUCAUCACAGAUAACGGCUACGGAUUGGGUGAAUCAUACGGAGACUCGACACACCUAGGCCGCCUACAGCUUGCGGCCGACAAAAUCAAGGGUCUCUCAGUAUAUGAAACAAACACGAUAUACCAGCUAUGCGUCGACUCCUUGACAGGCGACACCAGCACCGGCGGCGACGGUAUGGCGGGUAUGGUGACCACGGCCUCAGUCGCAGACAAGGUCUUCUCCCCAUUUGAAGUUGCGUGCCUCGAUAUCCAAGGGAAGCUCGCAGGGGUCCCUGUGAGUGACCUUCUCGGCGGACGCGUCAGAGACAAUGUUCAGUAUUCGGCAUACCUCUUCUACAAAUGGGCUGGGCAUCCUGGACAGCCGGACGACGAGUACGGCGCGGCUCUCGACCCUGCCGGUGUGGUGAAGCAGGCCAAGAAAAUCAUUGACGAAUACGGUUUUAAGGCAAUCAAGCUCAAAGGAGGAGUUUACCCGCCAGUACAGGAGGUGGAAGCUAUCAAGGCGUUACAUGCAGCGUUUCCGGGUGUUCCUCUGAGACUGGAUCCCAAUGCCGCCUGGACUGUUGAGACCUCAAAGUGGGUUGCAAGGGAGCUCGACGGGAUUGUCGAAUACUUGGAAGACCCAGCCCCCGAAAUCGAAGGCAUGGCUGCCGUUGCCAAAGAGGCAUCGAUGCCGUUGGCGACAAACAUGGCAGUCGUCGCGUUCUCUCACCUGCCCACCUCUAUUCUUCAGAACGCUGUCCAGGUGGUGCUCUCCGACCAUCACUUCUGGGGUGGUCUUCGAAAGUCUCAGACUCUGGCUGCCAUCUGCGCGACGUGGGGAAUGCGUCUUUCGAUGCACUCGAACAGCCAUUUGGGCAUAUCACUUGCGGCUAUGACUCAUCUCGCGUCGGCUACUCCCAACUUAGACUACGCCUGUGAUACUCACUGGCCGUGGAAGCCAAAGGAUGAGGAUGUUGUUGUCGAGGGAGCAUUGAAGUGGGCUGAUGGCGGUUUAAACGUUCCCACUUUGCCUGGCCUUGGAGUUGAGCUGGAUAGGAAGAAGCUGGUGCACCUUCAUCAACUCUACCUGGAUUGUGGACUACGGAAACGCGAUGACACGACGUACAUGAGAAAGUUCAAGCCCGACUUUUCUCCAAACGUUCCGAAGUGGUAGAAACAUUGUAAAUUCUUACACGUACCUUGUAAGCGAGAUUAUGAUGUUAGAAUUUCUAGUACAACGAAUGUUAUCUUUAUUCCCC